AUGAAAUCGUCGAAUCAUUUAUACAUCAUCGUAUUAUUUCUAUCGAUUGUAUCGAUAGUUGUUAUCGAUGCUACUGUUCAAGAAAAUGAAUUCGAAUCAAAUCAUCAACCUUUAUAUCGAUCAUGGAUGAUGAUGAAGAUGGCAGAAGAACCACAAACAUAUCAAAGCUCGAAUGAUAUAUGGUCACUUGCAACAAGUGAUGGUAAAUGUAAUGAUACCAAAUUUGGUACCGUACCCGAUCCAAAUGAUUGUACUGGUUAUUAUAUCUGUUCAAUGGAAUAUGCAUAUAGACGUCAUUGUCCACCAUUAACAUUGUUUGAUUAUCAACAAAAACAAUGUGUUUAUCAUACAAAUGCUGAAUGUUUUUCAAAUGAACAAUUUAUUUGUCCACGUAGAUUUGGCCUUUUUAGACAUCGAAAAUGUGAUCGUUAUUGGAUAUGUGUCAAUGGUAAAGCAACAAUAAAAUAUUGUUCAUAUGGUAGAAAAUUUGAUGUUCGUUUCAAUCAAUGUCGAUUAUCAUUAUGGGCAAGUUGUGUGGAACAACAGCAAACAUUGAAUGAUACUGCAACAACAACAACAACAACAACAGCAACAUCGGAAUCAAUGUCGACAACAACAACAACAACAACAGCAGAAUUAUCAACAAUAAAACCAACAGAAUUACCAUCAAAUGAAAAUGAUAAAAAUUUCACAAUGACACUAACGCCAUCUCUCAAUUCAUCGGAAAAUGAAUCAACAUUUAAUUUAACAACACCGACAACAACAACCACCGUAUCGAUGAUAAUGACAUCUUCGACCCCAUUGGAUCCGAAUAAAAAUCAAAAUCAAAAUGAUUCAUCAACUAUGAUAACUUCUAUUUCAAAUAGUACACCGAUAACAACAAAUAAUACCAAUUCAACAACAACUACUACUGCUAUGACAACCACUACAACAAUGAUUAUUACAACAACAACAACAACAACAAAAAUGACAACAGUAAAUAAUAAUGCAAAUUUUGAGAUCCUGUAG